UGGCUUUGGCAUGAUGGGCACCUGGAGGGCCACACUCCCAUUCCAGCCAGGCUGAGCCUUCUGUCCCCUGCUUCUGGGGCCUGGGAACCCCCCUUCUUCUUUCUCCUGAAUGGCACCCCCGCCCUAGAAUCCAGAUACCGAGUUUCCCACUGUGGCUGGUUCAAGGAGCUCCCUGGUGACAGUCUGUGGCUGAGCAUGGCCCUCCCAGCCCUGGGCCUGGACCCCUGGAGCCUCCUGGGCCUUUUCCUCUUCCAACUGCUCCAGCUGCUGCUGCCGACGACGACCGCGGGGGGAGGCGGGCAGGGGCCCAUGCCCAGGGUCAGAUACUAUGCAGGGGAUGGACGUAGGGCACUCAGCUUCUUCCACCAGAAGGGCCUCCAGGAUUUUGACACUCUGCUCCUGAGUGGUAAUGGAAAGACUCUCUAUGUGGGGGCUCGAGAAGCCAUCCUGGCGUUGGAUAUCCAGGAUCCAGGGGUCCCCAGGCUAAAGAACAUGAUACCGUGGCCAGCCAGUGACAGAAAAAAGAGUGAAUGUGCCUUUAAGAAGAAGAGCAAUGAGACACAGUGUUUCAACUUCAUCCGUGUCCUGGUUUCUUACAACGUCACCCAUCUCUACACCUGCGGCACCUUCGCCUUCAGCCCUGCUUGUACCUUCAUUGAACUUCAAGACUCAUACCUGUUGCCCAUCUUGGAGGACAAGGUCAUGGAGGGAAAAGGCCAAAGCCCCUUUGACCCCGCUCACAAGCAUACAGCUGUCUUGGUGGACUUCCCACCUGGCUUCCUGGAGGAGAUGGCCUUCGGCUUUUCCACAGGACCUUGAAGAUGUAGACAGAUGGCAGGGAAGGUGUUCCAGGGAGAAAAGGGUAGGACCCAAGAUGUGGAAAUGGAAAACACAGUCACCUUCCAGGAUCAAUGGGAUGCUCUAUUCUGGUACCAUGAACAACUUCCUGGGCAGUGAGCCCAUCCUGAUGCGCACACUGGGAUCCCAGCCUGUCCUCAAGACCGACAACUUCCUCCGCUGGCUGCAUCCGGACGCCUCCUUCGUGGCAGCCAUCCCUUCGACCCAGGUCGUCUACUUCUUCUUCGAGGAGACAGCCAGCGAGUUUGACUUCUUUGAGAGGCUCCACACAUCCCGGGUGGCUCGAGUCUGCAAGAAUGACGUGGGCGGCGAAAAACUGCUGCAGAGGAAGUGGACCACCUUCCUGAAGGCCCAGCUGCUCUGCACCCAGCCGGGGCAGCUGCCCUUCAACGUCAUCCGCCACGCGGUUCUGCUGCCCGCCGAUUCUCCCACAGCUCCCCACAUCUACGCAGUCUUCACCUCCCAGUGGCAGAUUGGCGGGACCAGGAGCUCUGCAGUUUGUGCCUUUUCUCUCUUGGACAUUGAACGCGUCUUUAAGGGGAAAUACAAAGAGUUGAACAAAGAAACUUCACGCUGGACUACUUAUAGGGGCCCUGAGACCAACCCCCGGCCGGGCAGUUGCUCGGUGGGCCCCUCCUCUGAUAAGGCCUUGACCUUCAUGAAGGACCAUUUCCUGAUGGAUGAGCAGGUGGUGGGGACACCCCUGCUGGUGAAGUCUGGUGUAGAGUAUACACGGCUUGCAGUGGAGACAGCCCAGGGCCUUGAUGGGCGCAGCCAUCUUGUCAUGUACCUGGGAACCACCACAGGGUCGCUCCACAAGGCUGUGGUGAGUGGGGACAGCGGUGCUCAUCUGGUGGAAGAGAUUCAGCUGUUCCCUGACCCCGAACCUGUUCGCAACCUGCAACUGGCCCCCACCCAGGGUGCAGUGUUUGUAGGCUUCUCAGGAGGUGUCUGGAGGGUGCCCCGAGCCAACUGUAGCGUCUAUGAGAGCUGUGUGGACUGUGUCCUUGCCCGGGACCCCCACUGUGCCUGGGACCCUGAGUCCCGAACCUGUUGCUUCCUGUCUGCCCCCAACCUGAACUCCUGGAAGCAGGACAUGGAGCGGGGGAACCCAGAGUGGGCAUGUGCCAGUGGCCCCAUGAGCAGGAGCCUUCGGCCUCAGAGCCGCCCGCAAAUCAUUAAAGAAGUUCUGGCUGUCCCCAACUCCUUUCUGGAGCUCCCCUGCCCCCACCUGUCAGCCUUGGCCUCUUACUACUGGAGCCAUGGCCCAGCAGCAGUCCCAAAAGCCUCUUCCACUGUCUACAAUGGCUCCCUCUUGCUGAUAGUGCAGGAUGGAGUUGGAGGUCUCUACCAGUGCUGGGCAACUGAGAAUGGCUUUUCAUACCCUGUGGUCUCCUACUGGGUGGACAGCCAAGACCAGCCCCUGGCCCUGGAUCCUGAACUGGCAGGCAUCCCCCGGGAGCACGUGGAGGUCCCGUUGACCAGGGUCAGUGGUGGGACCGCCCUGGCUGCCCAGCGGUCCUACUGGCCCCACUUUGUCACUGUCACUGUCCUCCUCGCCUUAGUGCUUUCAGGAGCCCUUAUCAUCCUCCUGGCCUCCCCACUGGGAGCACUCCGGGCUCGGGGCAAGGUUCAGGGCUGCGAGACUGUGCCCCCUGGGGAGAAGGCCCCAUUGAGCAGAGAGCAACACCUCCAGUCCCCCAAGGAAUGCAGGACCUCUGCCAGUGAUGUGGACGCUGACAACUGCCUAGGCACUGAGGUGGCUUAAACUCUAGGCACAGGCUGGGGCUGCAGGGCAGGCACCUGGCCAUGCUGGCUGGGUGGCCCCAGCACAGACUUGACUAGGAUGAGAGCAGCACAAAAGACCACCUUUCUCCCCUGAGAGGAGCUUCUGCUACUCUGCAUCACCGAUGGCACUCAGUAGGGUGAUGCGCAGCAGUCUGCCUCCCCUAUGGGACUCCCUUCUACCAAGCACAUGAGCUCUCUAACAGGGUGGGGGCUACUCCUGGACCUGCUCCUGCGCUGAUAUUGAAGAACCUGGAGAGGAUCCUUCAGUUCGGGCCAUUCCAGGGACCCUCCAGAAACACAGUGUUCCAAGAGACCCUAAAAAACCUGCCUGUCCCAGGACACUAUGGUAAUGAACACCAAACAUCUAAACAACCAUAUGCUAACAUGCCACUCCUGGAAACUCCACUCUGAAGCUGCCACUUUGAACACCAACACUCCCCUCUCCGAGGGUCAUGCAGGGAUCUGCUCCCUCCUGCUUCCCUUACCAGUCAUGCACCACUGACUCCCAGGAAGUCUUUCCUGAAGUCUGACCACCUUCCUUCUUGCUUCAGUUGGGGCAGACUGUGAUCCCUUCUGCCCUGGCAGAAUGGUAGGGGUAAUCUGAGCCUUGUUCACUCCUUUACCCUAGCUGACCCCUUGACCUCUCCCCCUCCCUUUUCCUUUGUUUUGGGAUUCAGAAAACUGCUUGUCAGAGACUGUUUAUUUUUUAUUAAAAAGACAUAGCUUAUGUAUGA